AGGCGCGGAGUGCGAGCAGGUGGUGCAGCGGGCAGGGCGGCCGGGAGCGGGGGGCCUGGCGGACACCCGGCGAGGCUAGCGGCGCCGCCGCUGCCUCCGCCAUGGCGGGCCGCAGCCGCCUCCCGCUCCCCGUCUGCGAACCCGGCGCCCGCCCAAGCCGCUCGGCAAGGCUGCUCAGACUCAUCAGAAACACGGAAAAAUAAUUCCUGUGGAUACAUGCAACCGAUAUCAACAUACGUUGUGACGAUUUCACAAUUGGACUUGGAACAAUACUCCAUCAUUAGCAGUAGCAUCUGCACGAGCAGUGGCUUAUUAAUGUAUGUAAAGUAAUUGUUUUCAUCAUUUACGUGUAAGAACUUGGAAAGAACGAAUUCACGAGUCAGCCAGCACCAAUACUGUCUUGACCAAUUCACAUUGUCUACAUCAGGAUUGCACAACUUAAACGAUUACUGGCUCCAUUUUAAUCCCAAAAUUCUCCUGAAAUGCAUUAAACGUUUAACGAGAAAAUAUAUGUUUAAAUCAUUUUUAUAAUUAACAUGUAAUUUGAAAAAUAUAUGAUAAUUCAUAAAACAAUAUAAAUCAUUAUCUAAAUAUUUAAUAUUAGCCCAUAAUUUGAGUUACAAAACAUUUGAGGGUAGCCAGCCUCUUUGAGUUGAGCAAACCUGAUUUCCAUCCCACCGAUAGCCGAACAAAGCAACUGCGCAUUUUCUGCUUUUCCGAAAAAAAAAAAAACCCUAGUAAACUUCGAUCUACGAACUGCCACCAAAACACUAUAUCGGA